AGGGCUGAGCCCUGAUGGAAAGGCUUUUCAUCUGUCCAUCCAGUCAAUAAAUAUCUAUCGAAUCCCUACUAUUUAUUGUGGUGCCCUGACUAUGACCAGGAUCAAGCAUCUCUGGUUUCACAGCCUUGUAGAGAGACAGACAAUACACAGACAAGGCCCAUGCAGCGAGAUCGAUGCGGUGACUGGGGACGGUCACAAGGUGUGGGAUCUCAGUGCACUUCCCCGGGGAAGUGUUGUCUCAGCCACGACCUGGAAGAUGAGAAGGCAUUGGCCGGCCAAGCAUGGAGCAAGAGUGUCCCUGGCAGAGGUUCAUGCCAAGGCUGGAGUGUGCCAAGGAAGGGAGAGCCUGGAAAGAUCCAAAGAGGGUAGGUGGACAGGGCUGGGCAAGUCUCGAAGGUCAGGGUAAGUUCAGAAUCCACACAAGGAGCCACCAGAGGGUUUUAAGUAGUGGAUGUGUGUUUCCCGGGUUGUUCUCACUGUGGGAAGAGGGAAGGUCAACCGGUCCACAGGCUGUUGCCAUAAGCUGGCACCCACCCCGGAGGGCGCCAGGACCUGGGCCCUGGGAGCAGAGUCUCUGCGCUUCCUGGACAGACCUGACUUCUUUGAUUACCCGGACUCCGACCCAGCCAGGCGCCUGGCCGUGGCCCAGUUUAUCGGCGAGAAACCCGUCAUCUUUGUGAAGUCAGGUUCCAACCCCAAGCUCUUCCAUCACAUCCUGGUGGGCAUCCUGGUGGCGGCCUUCUUCUUCUUCCUUUUCCAGUUCUGCACACACAUGAGCUGCCAGAAAGGGGCCUGAGGAGCCAGGCUGAGCGCUCAGACCCACCCUCCUCCCCUGCAGAGGAAUAAAGGUUUUGCUGAGGCGGGCGGCGUUCACGCAGAUCGUCUUUAUUAGCGGUCUGGAAGCACCUCCCGGGGUCCCCGACCCCAGACUGGAGGAAGCCUUGGGGGGUCUGUAGCACCAGGGACAUGCCAGGGCCUGAGGGCGAGUGUGCAGCCUACGGGGAGGGACCGGACCGCCCUCACCUGCCGGGAUUGCUCAGCGCUGGGAAGGCGGGGGGAGAGCAGCCACCGCCCCGACAGACGAGUGAGAAUGUGGGUGAAUAAAUAGGACCCCAGGCUGGCCCCCUGGAGAGGCGCUGCGGGCCGCCCGCCCUGAGCCGGCCCCUCCCGAGCAGGGAGCUGGGAGGAGCUGCAGCAGGGCCUCCCCACCUUCUGGUUCCUGGUCCCCUUGAGCCUCCAUCAGCCUCCCCCCGCCCUCCAGCCUUACAAGGAGGGGAAGGGGCGCCCCUUCCGCUGCCCUUCGCUCUCCGAGGCCCCGGGCUGUGGUCAGAGCCGGGUCUGCGGGCGGG